AAAACACUUAGCAGGAUGUCGUCAUUGACCAUUCCUGAUCGGGUCUUGCGCUUCUUCCUCGACCAUGACCUUCACUCAAGAAAUAGCUUCAUUCGUGCUCCCAACGCGGACAUCGGUAUCUGCAGUGCCUAAGGCUGGUACACUCGCCCCAACGUCGAGCCUCCUUCCCAUUCCGCCGCCCGACUCCCGCCCAAUGGUCGUGACUUUCUUGCGGCACUGUGGUUGCCCGUUUGCAGAGAAGACCUUCAAGCUCCUGCGUGAACUGGCGAACGAGCCGUCAAACAGUCACGUCCGCUUCGUCGCUGUCUCGCACAGCGAUGAUAGCACGACAAACGCGUGGGUCGAAGCGCUCGGCGGUCCCGGGUCUGUCGAGAUCCUCAUUGACGCUGGCCGGGAGGUAUACGCGCUCUGGGGACUCGGUAUCUCCUCAUUCAGCCAUUUCAUGAGCCCGUCGGGUCUUUGGGCUGUGUAUCAGCUGGGAAAGACGGAUGGCAUCCAUGUCCGGUCGACGGAGAGCGGUAGUCGGUGGCAGACGUCGGGCAGCUUUGCGGUGGAUGGGGAAGGUAUCGUCAGGUGGGGUCACCCGAUGGCGAGUGCGGGCGAGAUUCCCGACUUCAGGGAAGCGUUGAGAGCUGUCAACUAGGCCGCCCGUUCCGGGAAACGGGGUGUCAACUUGCCCGUACGACGAUGAAGUUGUUACGAUUGUAAGAAAUGCGAUGAACCAUGCGUGAUACUGUACUUGUAUGUAUGUACCACUAGCCGUUAGUAUUGCGAUUUGAGAAAUUCACGAGCUCAGCCGUUCAUUCACA